AAUCGAUAAAGAAUAAAUUUCCAUGCCUGCGCCCGACUUGCUUCGAAUCGCCUCGCCACGCCGAACGCGAACUUGUCUGCCUGUGUCCUGCCGAUAUCCUUUUGGCCUGUGUGGGCAACUGAGCACGAGUGGAGCGCCCGCCAUCCCGCCACCCCGCCAUCGAAAUGGACACGAACCCGGCGAAACGAAGAAAAAUAGACCAUGGCGAGUCCCAUGGGCAUGUCGUGGAUGGCAACGCCGCUCUGGACGCUGCCGCCCAGGCUGGCACCCCCCGACCGAGCACCUUUGCUCUGCAGACACAGGAACUCCUCCGCGAGGUCAGGCUGGACUACAACAAGACUUUCGCCGGUGCCGAUGACCUCCUGCAUCGCAUCAAGUCCACCCUGGAGGCUACAAAGCCUCAUGACCCUACUCCUAUACAUCAAGCCUCCAAGAGCCUCGAAACUACACACGGUCUGGUCGUGCCCUUUCCCGACCCCAAACCGCCCAGCGACUCGCACUACAAGGUCUCCUUCGCAGCCCCGGCCCAGUUCAAUGUCGUCGGGAGCUACGUCUCCAAGACAAUGGUCAAGUCGCAAAGUCGCCAUGCAGUCGACAUGAUAGUCGAGAUGCCCAAUGAAAUCUUCCAGGACAAGGACUAUCUCGAUCUCAGGUACUUUUACAAGAGGGCGUAUUACCUGACCGUCCUGGCCGCCUCCAUUCGAAGCGGGCUCGCUUCCUCGGUUUCGCUUGCUUAUGAGCACUCCGAUGGGAAUCGCCUGCUUCCUGUUCUCAACCUGACCCCCAAGGAAUCCUCCAGCAACUACAGCAUACGCAUCAUACCGUGUGCCCCACAAGGCUGGUGCCCCACCAGGAAGCUGCUGCCUACAGCCUGCUGCAUUCGAUCUGCCACGGACGCUGGCGAGAGCCCGAGAACCCCAACGCCCCACUACAACUCAACGUUGAAGGCCGAGGGCUGCUAUUCUUCUUAUCUCAAGGUCCUCCGCCAGGCGGAGAAAGCCUGCCCGGCAUUCAAGGAUGCAUGUAUCCUUGGGCGUGUCUGGCUGCUCCAACGCGGCUUUGGGGGCUCGCUCUCCAGGGGCGGGUUCGGCCACUUUGAAUGGGCCGUCCUGACCGCGCUUCUCUUGAAAAGUGGAGGUCGCAAGGGCGGGGCGGCCCUGUCUGCCUCGUUCAGUUCUACCCAGGUCUUCAAGGCCGUGGUGCAGUAUCUCGCCGCCGUCGACCUCUGCCGAAAGCCUCCUGUCCUCGGGUCAUCCAGUGACGGCUUGGACGCCUUGAACGAGCCUGGGCCGGUCAUCCUCGACGCCGCGCGACAGCUCAACCUGGCUUACAAGAUGAGUACUUGCUCUGCCUCCGCAUUGAAGCAAUACGCCAGGUGGACCCAAGCAUCGCUGGCAGAUCAAGAUGCAGACCAGUUCAACCCAACCUUCAUCAUCAAGGCCGACCUGCCGCUUCACAGCUAUGAUGCUCUCGUCCAGAUCAAGCAGCCAACAAACACGGAUCCACACAACGUUGGCGAAUUUGGAAGUGCCGCUGCCCAGUUUGGGGGGAAGGCUGCCAAAGUCCUGAGGAGGGCGCUCGGCGACAGGGUCCAGCUCAUACAUGUAAACAGUGCCAACGACUCAGACGAGGCUACCUGGGAGCCCACGUCCACGCAUCCUUUGCGGCCUUCGACUUUGCUUGUGGGAGUGCUAUUCAAUGCAGCCAACAUGGCUCGCCAGGUCGAUCAAGGUCCAUCGGUCGAAGAUAAACAAGCGGCCAAGGACUUCCGGAAAUUUUGGGGUCAAAAGGCUGAGUUAAGACGCUUCAAGGAUGGUAGCAUUCUGGAGAGCUUAAUCUGGACGCAGGCUUCGCCGCUUGGUCUCUGGGAGGAGAUUACCCGUUACGCCCUCAAAUUGCACUUGAACAUACAGGAUGAGAGUCUUGAUUUCUAUGGGGCCGGGUUUCCAGCCAUCAUACCCAUCAAAUCAUCAGAUGCGCCCGCGUUCCAAGCUGCCAGGGAGGCCUUCGCCGGGUUUGAGGCAGACCUUCGUAAUUUGAGCCACCUUCCCUUGCAAAUCAGGCAGGUUGCCGCUGCAGCACCCGAAUUGCGCUCCGCAUCGGUGCGGCCCCCAUCUUUCAGCAAUCCCAAGGCUUCAACACUGCCAAUGGACACCGUGGUCUACUUCGAGGCGUCGGGAAAGUGGCCUGAUAACUUAGCCGCUAUACAGCGCACAAAGGUUGCCUUUCUUCUCAAAAUCGGCGAGCUCUUAAGUGAGUCGAAGUCCGGUGUGGUAUGCCGCGUCGGGCUGGAGGAGGCAGGAACAGAAGUAGAGAACCUGGUGUUCUUGGACGUAACAUACGAAGGCGGUGCCUCCUUCCGCCUCAGGAUCCAUAGUGAUCUCGAGGAGAGCCUGCUGGAGAGACGAAUCGCGGAUAAAAGUCUUGAUCAGCGCGUGCGUACCCAGGGCGCUCAGCUGCAGGCCUCCUUCAAGCGCCUUUACUCACACCUGCCCCGCCACACGCAGACGAUGUCAAUCCUCUGUACUCGCUUUCCUGCCUUGUCCCCUACGAUCAGGUUGGUCAAACAAUGGUUCAACUCCCACAAACUCUCGUGUCACUUCUUGGACGAACUGGUGGAGAUGUUCGCUUUGCGGGUCUUCCUGGAGCCAUACCCGUGGCAAGCCCCGUCAAGCGCGAUGACAGGAUUUCUGCGGACGCUGCAAUUCCUGUCCAGGUGGGACUGGCGUAUGGAGCCGCUGGUUCUCGAUUCCACCGGGGAGCUGACAGGUUCUGAGCGAUCCGCUGUUGCUACCAGGCUUGAGGCCUGGCGGAAGAUCGACCCUGGCAUGAGCCACACCACGUUGGUUGUAGCCACGUCCAAUGAGACAUCGGGCACCGCCUACACCAUUCACAACGGACGUCCUAUGCCGUCAAGAGUCGUUGCCACCCGUAUGACCACGUUAGCCAGGGCAGCGUGCAAGCUUGUCAAGAACAAAGGGAUCGAGUUGGAUGCGAGAUCACUCUUUCAACCCUCACUGAAGGAGUACGAUGUCCUGAUCCGCUUGAAUGGCAAGGCGAUGAAGAAAGCGACUGACCCCGACGAUGUGAAACAAUCCCAGUUUAAAAACUUGGACGGCCGGACCGGGCGGACAACACAGCCUGCGCUUUCGCAUCCCGCCAGGACUCUUGUGGCACAACUCAACAACCUCUUUUCUGGGCCGCUUCUCUUCUUCCACGGGCCACCGGAAGACACAGUCGUGGCUGCAAUUUGGAACCCUCAGAUACAAAGGCGCAAAUUCAGGGUUAAUUUGCCCUGUUCAUACCAGCCGGUUGCAAUCGAGGAGAAGGAGCUCGGUGACGAGCACGUUGAUGUCAACAAGGGAGCGAUUCUUGCCGAAAUCGCCAGGAUAGGUGGCGAGCUCGUUGAAGAAAUUGAGCAGGCGUAGCAUUUGAGCAUUUGUUGCUGUCACGGUAUCAAAGAACCAGUUAGGCCACCCAUCAGUUCGAUAUCAGGCACUCCCUAUGGAAGCUUCACGGUUCCGCUUCAGAAUCACCGGAUGAGUAUAUCAAGCAAACAUGUGUUGUGCACAAGAAUACAAAGAUGCGUCGUUAAAAGAGUGUAUUGGUC